UCUAACUAAGAUAAUCGCCGCCCAAAACCCCAUCAUAUUAUCAAUUAAUCAACUUUAUUCGCCUUAUCCCAUCACGAUACUCUUCUCUUUCCCCCCCCAACGCUUUACGAAUCGCCCCUUCAAUAUUCAAACAAGCCGACGCUUGUUUACAAAAGUCUCAUCUUCAGAGAUUAUUAGACCAUCCUACAACCCUACAACCAAAACCCCUCCAAAACCCUUCCAGGUCAGAUCAAGAUGUCGACUGCCGCCCGCCGUCGUUUAAUGCGAGACUUCAAGCGCAUGCAGACUGACCCUCCCGCUGGUGUAUCUGCUUCUCCUGUCCCCGACAAUGUUAUGACUUGGAACGCUGUCAUCAUUGGACCUGCCGAUACCCCGUUCGAAGAUGGAACCUUCCGGCUUGUGAUGCACUUCGAGGAGCAAUACCCGAACAAACCACCUGCCGUUAAAUUCAUCAGCCAGAUGUUCCACCCCAACGUCUAUGCCACAGGCGAGCUGUGCCUAGAUAUCCUCCAGAACCGAUGGAGCCCCACGUACGAUGUUGCGGCUGUCUUGACGAGCAUUCAAAGUCUACUCAACGACCCCAACACCGGUUCUCCUGCGAACGUGGAGGCGUCCAACCUGUACAAGGACAACCGAAAGGAGUACACUAAGAGGGUUCGCGAGACGGUAGAGAAGAGCUGGGAGGAUUAAGCUACCCCUCUGGACCAUCAGAACCCAAUAUCAACCAUGGGCUUGACGCAAAUGGCAAUCAUCUCAACUAGAUUCUACACGCGCUGGGUAUGGGCUUCUGGCCAGAUUUAUUCACAAACGGGUAUGAUACCCCAGAGACUGGAGUGGCAGAGAUUCGUCUCAAGAGGCGCAAAGGUUCGGCGUUUUGGCGGGCGUCGAACAGGAGGGAUUAUCGAAUUUUCCAGGUUGAGGUGCUCUGGAGAAGCCCAUUCUCCUUGAAACCCGGAUGAUCACAUUAUGGACCACUACUUUAUAUC